AUCUGAGGGCGGGAGGAGAGAGAGAGAGAGAGAGAGAGAGAGAGAGAGAGAGAGAGAGAGAGAACGGCCACUGGACUCCAUUAACGCGAAACCCUUCAGGAGCUCCGUCGCUGGACUUUGGCGAUUUUUUCUUUUUUCGGGAAGCUUCCUCAUGAUAGGAUUAAACACGCAGGGAAGAGAGCGCGCAGCCUGUUGAAGUUCUGGGAAGUGAAGUGUGUUUUGUGGAUCUGCUUCGGCGUAUUUGUGAAGGAUGGCGUUGGACGGGAUACGGAUGCCGGAUGGCUGCUACGCAGAUGGGACCUGGGAGCUGAAGAUGCAUGUGACGGACCUCAACCGGGACGUGUCUCUCAGAGUCACCGGGGAAAUUCACAUCGGCGGUGUGAUGCUCAAACUCGUGGAGAAACUUGAUGUGAAGAAGGACUGGUCAGAUCACGCACUGUGGUGGGAAAAGAAGAAGACCUGGCUGCUAAAGACCCACUGGACGCUUGAUAAAUAUGGCAUUCAGGCCGACGCCAGGCUGCUCUUCACACCGCAGCACAAGCUGCUGCGCCUGCAGCUGCCCAACAUGAAACACAUGAGGGUGAAAGUCAACUUCUCUGACCGUGUCUUCAAGGCCGUGUCUGACAUCUGCAAAACCUUCAACAUCCGGCAUCCCGAGGAGCUCUCCUUACUGCGCAAACCCCGCGACCCCAAGAAGAAGAAGAAAAAGCUGGAGGAGGCGGAGGAGGAGGCACUGGAGCUGGAAGGACCGCUGCUCACUCCUGGAUCAGCCUCUGAGAUACUAUACAUUGGACCGGUGAAAGGGAGCAUCUAUUCUAGUCCUGGACUUUACAGCAAGACCAUGACGCCUACCUAUGACUCUCGGGACGGCAGCCCUCUGUCCCCCACCUCAGCAUGGUUUGGAGACAGUCCGCUGUCCGAAGGCAAUCCCGGCAUCCUCGCCGUCAGCCAGCCCAUCACCUCACCAGACAUUGUGGUCAAGAUGUACAAACCACAGUCCCUCCUGGACAAGGCCAAGAUCAACCAGGGGUGGCUGGACUCCUCCAGAUCACUGAUGGAGCAGGAUGUGAAGGAGAACGAGGUUCUUCUGCUCCGGUUCAAGUAUCACAGCUUCUUUGACCUCAACCCAAAGUAUGAUGCCAUCAGGGUGAACCAGCUGUACGAACAGGCCAAGUGGGCCAUCUUACUGGAGGAAAUCGAAUGCACCGAGGAGGAGAUGAUGAUGUUCGCCGCCCUGCAGUACCACAUCAACAAGCUGUCCAUCAUGUCUUCAGAGAAUCACAUGAACAACAGUGAGAAGGAGGUGGAUGAGGUCGAUGCAGCUCUCUCAGACCUGGAGAUCACCCUGGAGGGAGGAAAGACGUCCAACACGCUGGGUGACAUCACAUCCAUUCCUGAACUGGCCGACAAUGUAAAAGUCUUCAAACCAAAGAAACUCACUCUGAAAGGAUACAAGCAGUACUGGUGCACGUUCAAAGACAUCACAAUCUCCUGCUACAAGAGCCGCGAGGAGGCCCACGGCAUGCCGGCGCACCAGAUGAACCUGAGAGGCUGUGAAGUCACACCAGAUGUGAACAUCUCCGGUCAGAAAUUCAACAUCAAGUUGCUAAUUCCUGUAGCAGAUGGUAUGAAUGAGAUCUGGCUGCGGUGUGAUACUGAGAAGCAGUACGCUCAGUGGAUGGCAGCUUGUCGUUUGGCCUCCAAGGGGAAGACGAUGGCAGACAGUUCCUACAACUUGGAGGUCCAGAACAUUCUGUCCUUCCUGAAGAUGCAGCACAUGAACCCUGAUCCUCAGAUCAUAGAGCCCAUCACCACCGACAUCAACCCCGAGUGUCUGGUGUCACCACGAUACCUGAAGAAAUACAAGAACAAGCAGCCAGGCUUUGUCAGGGACUUGAUUUCCGCCCGUAUUCUGGAAGCUCAUCAGAAUGUGGCUCAGAUGAGCCUCAUUGAGGCCAAGAUGCGCUUCAUACAGGCAUGGCAGUCCUUGCCAGAGUUUGGAAUCACCCAUUUUCUUGCCAAGUUUCAGGGGGGCAAGAAAGACGAGUUGAUCGGCAUCACCUACAACAGACUGAUCCGUAUGGACGCCAGCACAGGAGACGCCAUCAAGACCUGGCGCUUCAGCAACAUGAAACAGUGGAACGUCAACUGGGAGAUUAAGAUGGUCACGGUGGAGUUUGCGGACGAGCCCAGUCUGGCGUUCAUCUGUGCGGAGGUGGACUGCAAAGUGGUGCACGAGUUCAUCGGCGGCUACAUUUUCCUGUCCACGCGCGCCAAGGACCAGAACGAGUCUCUAGACGAGGAGAUGUUCUACAAGCUGACCAGCGGCUGGGUCUGAGCGCCCCGCGCCGCGCCGGCGCCGCUUUAUUCUUUUACUUUCACACUUCUUCUUUCUCCUUUAACCACUCCAUCGUGGCCACAUCAUAAUAGUUUGAAAACGGAAACUCGUUUCUUUUUUAAUUCAGUCUAUGCGCAUGAACGCGUUCAUAACACUAGCCGAAGUGCCGAGCGAGGACGUUCUGAGACCGUGCAGCGGUUUACUGCUUCCCUCCAGAAAUGAUUUCAUCGUCCAGAUGAAGCAAUAGCUAUGACCUUUCACCCUGAAUAGAAGUACGCCAGCGAAAAUGCCAAUUAUUUAUUUGUCACUAACUUACGUUGCAUCUCUCUGGGUAAUUGUUGAAUGUCGCGGUGCUCGUUUGUGCCAUCUUUCAUGAUAACUGUGUCACGUUAAUGUGAUGUCGUAGAGAAGGAUUUACACUAGCUUCAACGUUGCUGCUUCUGACACUACAAAAUCCAUUGGUUCUGUCAUUUCUAAGCACUUCUAGCGUUAGGUUUGACGUUUCUGUCCUGUCAUGUGUGUUCAACACUACAUUUAAUGACACAGAUAUUUUUUUUACACUAUGAAGGAGGAGAGUCGCCCACUUUUUUGUAGCAAACAGCUUGUGGUGAAGCAACAUAGGAGAACGUUAUGAAUCUGCUUUCCCACUGUAGGAAGUUUCUUUUUAUUAUUAUUUUCCUAUGAAGUCUGUUAUUUUAUUCCUCACUCUUUAUUGUGAACCAGUAUAGUAUUAUUCAAAAGCGUUUCUUUAAUACGCACCAGCGAUAGGUCACAAAUCAUGCGAUUUUCUUUUUAUUUCUUUCCAAAAUGAAGGAUAGCUAAAUGAAGUAUUAGAUUUGUUUUGUAUCUAAUGUAAAAAACACAGGUUUUAAAACAGAAAUUGUACAGUUAUUUUGUUGCUGCUUUUUUCUGUCAUUUUUUGGAAGUGUAUUUUUUCCAGAAGAGAGGGAAAAAAAGCCAUUUUUUGACAUUUGAGGGUUUGGUGCCUGUCGAUCUUAGAAAUAUAUAUAAGUGCAUAUGAAGAAGUGGAGAAAGUCUCAAGCUCCUGGCUGGAAUAAAAUCAUGUAGAUUGUGCCAUUCUUGAUGUCUCCGGUGAGAAGGAGCUUUUUUAUUUAGUUUCUCCUGCCUUAACUGAUAAAUAUCCACCGCUGCGAGAACAUAUAGGCUUUAAGAGCGUGUGUCAUACACUUCAACACUAUCGAGCGCUCGGACGGCGCAUCACUUCUUGUCAGUAUUGUCUCAUGAUGUUCCCCGUAUGAAGGUGGUUUCAGAGCCAGAAAUGAAGACUAUUAUUAUUUUUUUUCUGUUUAUUUGGUUUUGUUUUCUCAGAUGUCAGCAGUGCAUUGCAUGGCCUGCUGUUUUAAGAUUGUAAAAAUGCCAUUUACCUGACAAAUAAAUAAAUAAAAUCAUUUUUAUUUAAAAUCUUAA